AGGAUAGCGGGCCGGCUUCGAUGAUUGCUACUGCGCAUGCUCACGUCGCUUAUUAACCGACAGGGGGCGUGGUUCCUCCCUGCUUUGUCGGCUGCUGCCGCCUCGCGCCCCGGUUGCCAUAGCAGCGGGUUGGAUGCGCCUCGCGCGGCCAGCAUGGCGCUGCCGGAUCCGGUCAGAAGGCGGCUCGGCUCCUUCAGCCGGACUGUGUUCAGCGACAGCAACCGCACCGGCCCGGAGCGUCGAGGCAGCGGCGGCAGCCUGGAUAAUGAAAUAGUCUCCAGUUUGCCAUUGCAGAUGUCCCUCUAUUUCAACCUUUAUUUUUUCCCAUUUUGGUGGGUGAGCAGUGUUGUCAUGCUCCAGCUGAAGUACCCAGUCUUGCCAGAUUACUACAAGUUCAUCCUGGUCACAGUAAUCGUCCUAGUCUCUCUAAUUGAGGCCAUCCGACUGUAUCUUGGAUACAUGGGCAAUCUGCAGGAGAAGGUCCCUGAACUGGCUGGCUUUUGGCUCCUAAGUCUCCUCCUGCAGUUGCCCAUAAUCCUCUUCUUGCUCUUUAAUGACGGUCUGAAGAUCCAGCCACUAGAGCGAGCAGUCCACAUCAUUUUUGCCCUCUUCCUCACCUUCCAGGUCAUUGCGGCUUUUCUUGCCUUGAAAAGAAUGGUGAACCAGCUAGCAGUUCAUUUCAGCCUUAAAGAAUUUGACCAGCUGGAUGAUCAUCCCAGAUCUGAUUAUCUAGCCUGGGAGAAGAAGAGGGUGCAGGCUCCAUGGCGGGUAGAAGGCCAGAGCUCACCAUACAUUGAGGGAAUGGAGUCCAUGUUCCUGUUCAGAAGCAUGUGGCAGAAGCCAAACUAAAAGCGCAUCAGAGACCAGGACACAGAGUUCUGAUACAGACCAUGCGGCGGUGAGAAGGAACUGAAGAUGUAGUCGUCCAGCCCUGCCAUUUAUCACCUUGCACCCUAUCUCGCAUCAUGCUUCCGUUCAUGUGCAGACCAAUGGACGCUACUCCGCAUGCAUGGUGUGCGCUUGCUAACCCACAGUGGAUUACAAUAGGGACCAUCACUAGAAGAAGAACGGAUAGUUGGGAUGCGUGCCAAAGAUCAGUUUUUUGGAAAAUGUUUCUAUAGGACCAAGAGUGGGUUGCAGCAAUUAAAGAUGACAUUGUUAAACACUUUCAUAUAAAUUUUGCAGACAAUAUAGGUCUUCUAUGGGAGGAAGGUAAAGCAGUAGUUAGGGACAAGUUUAUAAGCAAAGCAUCAUAGAAUCAUAGAAGAUUAGGGUUGGAAGAGACCUCAGGAGGUUAUCUAGGCCAACCCCCUGCUCAAAGCAGGGCCAACCCCAACUAAAUCAUCCCAGCCAGGGCUUUGUCAAGC